AUGGGCCAGUCGCCGUGGGGUGGGGUGGAUCCGCUUCUCUUCGAUGGCCGACCCGAUGACUGUCCACCAUGCUUCAAUUGUCUUCUUCCUGCCUUUCAGUGUAUGCAGUACGCCAAUUGCAGCGAAUAUGAUGGCAGAUGUAUCUGUCCACCCGGCUUUGGUGGCGACGACUGUUCACAGCCGACGUGUGGAUCGCUUGCUGACGGAUCAAGGCGUUCAAUUCGUCCAGAUGGGGAGAAGUGCGAGUGCGAAGAAGGGUGGUCAGGAAUCAAUUGCAAUGUGUGUGAGAUUGAUGCUGCGUGUAAUCGCCUCAUGCCAGAAGGAAUCAAUGGAACUUGCUACCGGGGCGGGUUGACCGUCAAGCAGAACUUCCAGAUGUGUGCCGUCACGAACAGGAAGAUCUUGGAUCAAUUGGGAAGUAAGGUACCGGAGGUGACGUUCUCAUGCAAGGAAAAUGACAGGACCUGCAACUUUCAAUUCUGGGUUGACGAGGUUGAGAGCUUCUACUGUGGGCUCGAUACCUGUACGUUCGAGCUGGACACGCAGUAUGAUCAGAACGUCACCAGAUACCGAUGUGAAAACAUUCACUGCAGCUGUGUUCCAGGACGUAUGUUGUGUGGAGAGGAAGGUUCUAUUGAUAUCUCCGAGUUCCUGUCGGAGACCAUCAGGGGACCUGGAUCAUUCGAGUGUUCCGGGAAGAAGGGUGGAUGCAGAUUCUCGGAACCCGCCAUGAACGACCUCAUCAAGACCGUCUUCGGUGACAGCUCCAUCACCCUCGACUGUAACUCCGGUGAAUGCUUGCACUACACGGAAAUACCCGGCUACCAGCGCCCCGAGAAACCGUCGAACACAAAGCUCAUCGCUGCGAGUGUGGCUGGUGCCAUUGUCUUCUUGAUUCUUCUCGCUGUGCUGCUCUGGUACCUGAUCCGUCAAUCGCAGCGGCAAGCGAAGGUUUCCGGCGGCGAGAUUCGCUUGCCUGAUGACGAAGCGGAUAAGCUCAUGAUGCACCACACCCCAGCGUCACUUAUGUUCCGGAACAUCACAUACAACGUUGCUGGGAAGACCAUCCUGAACGAUGUACAGGGUGCCGUUGCUCCUGGUCAAAUUAUGGCGAUCAUGGGCGCUUCAGGCGCUGGUAAAACGUCUUUCCUCGAUAUUUUGGCGAAGAAGAAUAAGCGAGGACAAGUCUCAGGUGAUAUCUUCGUCAAUGGACGGGAAGUUUCGGAGUCUGAGUUCAAGAGUAUCACUGGGUUUGUUGAUCAGGAGGAUGUGUUGAUGCCUACUCUUACCGUGUACGAGACAAUCUUGUACUCUGCUCUGUUGCGACUACCGAAAGACAUGAGUGUUGAGGCAAAGAAGUAUCGUGUACUCGAGACCAUGAACGAACUUGGGAUCCUAGGAAUCAAAAACUCUUUUAUUGGAACUGAGGGACAACGCGGGAUCAGUGGCGGAGAGAAGAGGCGUGUGAGUAUUGCCUGCGAGCUGGUCACCAGCCCAAGUAUCCUGUUCUUGGAUGAGCCGACCAGUGGAUUGGACGCAUACAAUGCGUACAACGUCAUCGAGUGUCUUUCCGUGUUGGCCCGCGACUACAAGCGCACCAUUGUCUUUACCAUCCAUCAACCCCGUUCCAACAUUGUUGCAUUGUUCGACCAACUUGUGCUCUUGGCAAAGGGUCGGGUCGUGUACUCUGGCGAUGCUUCAGAAUGUCAAGAGUAUCUUGCUGCCAUUGGUCACCCUUGUCCGACGGGCUACAAUAUUGCUGAUUACUUGGUUGAUCUCACUAUGGGAACAACGGAUGAAGCUCCCAACGAGACAUCCGGAGAACCGAGCGAUGAUGAACCCGGCUUGGUUCGCCGACGUACAAGUCACGAGGAUCUCGAAAGUACGCAGGAAUGGGCCAGGUUAUCUCAAAAUACAUCUGCCACCUUAUCCAGAAAGCCUAAGUCAAAUAAGUCUGUCCGCAGGGCUCGUCCCGUUGUGGAUGAACAGGCGCACCUCGACAACCUUGUGGAGGCAUAUGCCGCAAGUCUAGCAUCGGACGGCAUUCGUGACCAAAUCCAAGAAGCAAUUGCUGAGAGCAGUGAUCCCCAGACCCCUGCACCUGAAGCUCUGGUUCAGCACAAACGCCAGAAUGUGUGGGGUCAGUUUGUUAUUCUUUCACAAAGAAUGUUCAAAAACUUGUAUCGUAACCCGAUGUUGAUGAUGACGCACUAUGCAAUUGCGAUCACGUUAGCCUUGCUGUGUGGAUACCUCUUCUUCGGUGUUUCCAACGAGCUUUCGGGUUUCCAAGAUCGACUUGGACUCUUCUUUUUUAUCCUUGCUCUCUUUGGGUUCAGUACGUUGACUUCACUGAACGUGUUCGCCAGUGAACGUAUCCUGUUCGUGCGCGAGCGUGCGAAUGGAUAUUAUCAUCCUGCGGCUUACUUCUUGUCCAAAGUCAUUUUCGAUGUUAUUCCACUGCGGAUUGUCCCACCGGUAGUGAUGGCUCUAAUCAUCUACCCGAUGGUUGGUCUCGUUCCGGAGGUUCAAACGUUCUUCAAGUUCUUGUUGGUUUUGGUGCUUUUCAACUUGACUGCGGCCGCCAUCUGUCUCUUCAUUGGUGUGGUCUGCAAGGAAACUAGUGUGGCGAACUUGAUUGGAAGCUUGGUGAUGCUGUUCAGCUUGCUCUUCGCCGGUUUGCUCCUCAACUCAGAUUCCAUGCCCAAGACGCUGUCAUGGUUGCAGAAAGUCUCGAUAUUCCACUAUGCUUACGAAGCCCUUUUGGUCAACGAAGUGCGAUAUCUCACAUUGCGUGAGAAGAAGUUUGGGUUGUCCAUAGAGGUACCCGGUGCUACGAUCCUCAGCACAUUCGGCUUCGAUGUUGCUGCGUUCUGGCCAGACACCGUGGGCCUAGUCAUUAUGUUUGUAGGUGCUUUCAUGGUAAUGACCUACCUUGCUAUGCAUUUCCUACUGGUUGAGAGGCGCUAG